AUGAGAGAAUUAACAGAGGAACAAAGAGAAAACAUAGCAAUUGAGCAAAAGCUAGCUGUGCAGUCUAUACGUUCGUUUCUGCAGUCAAAGACUUCCUAUGAUGUUUUACCGGUGUCUUACAGACUUGUGGUGCUAGAUACUGCUUUGUUGGUCAAGAAGUCCCUAAAUGUACUUUUACAAAACAGCAUUGUCUCGGCUCCAUUAUGGGACUCAAAAACUUCUCGUUUUGCAGGGUUGUUAACCACCACAGAUUUCAUCAAUGUCAUACAGUACUAUUUCUCGAAUCCUGAUAAGUUUGAUAUUGUAGACAAGUUACAACUUGAUGGUUUAAAAGAAGUUGAGAAGGCGAUUGGUGUAGACCAAUUAGAUACAGCUUAUGUACAUCCAUCAAGACCUCUAUAUGAUGCAUGCCUAAAGAUGUUGGAAUCCAGAAGUGGUCGUAUACCUCUUAUUGACGAAGACGAAGAGACACACAGAGAAAUUGUUGUUAGUGUUCUUACCCAAUACAGAAUCCUAAAGUUCGUGUCCCUGAACUGCAGAGAGACGCAUUUGUUACAAAGACCGAUUGGUGAAUUGGGCAUAAUUUCGGAACAGAACAUGAAAUUCUGCCACAUGUCUACACCAGUCAUUGAUGUUAUACAAUUACUUACUCAAGCUGGUGUUUCCUCUGUACCAAUCACAGAUGAGAACGGGGUAUUGAUUAAUGUAUAUGAAGCUUAUGACGUUCUGGGGUUGAUCAAGGGUGGCAUAUAUAAUGAUCUAUCAUUGAGUGUUGGUGAAGCACUUAUGAGAAGAAGUGAUGAUUUUGAAGGCGUCUACACCUGUACAAAGAACGAUAAGUUAUCAUCAAUAAUGGAUAAUAUCAGAAAAUCAAGAAUUCAUAGAUUUUUUGUUGUUGACGAAAACGGUAGAUUGACAGGUGUGCUUACUUUGAGCGAUAUAUUGAGGUAUAUCCUAUUGGGCAACAAUUAG